AUGAGUUUAGCCAAUACAAAAGCCACAAAAUCAAGACCUCUUAUCAAUAACCCGAUAUUUCCUUGGUCUCAGAUAAAAUUAUUGCCAAAUGAUAAUAAUUUUUUUCCAAGAUAUGGUCAUUCUUCUUGUUCAAAUGCGAUUAAAAAUGAAUUAUAUUUCUUUGGUGGAAUAUCAAAUGAAAAAUUUAAUAAUGAUGUAUUCUUAUUAAAAACUAAGACUUGUAAUAUUCAAGCUAUCAAAACUACUGGUAACAUCCCAUCACCUCGUAUUGGUCAUACGCAUGUACGAGUGGGAUCAAAUUUAUUAGUCUUUGGAGGAAAACUUGAAAACAUUGAAGAUAAACCAGAUUACAAUUUAUAUGUUCUAAAUAAAGAGACAAAAAAAUGGACAAAACCAUCUAUAAAGGGUGUUACGCCUCUUGGAAGGUUUGGUCAUACAGUCGUAUUAAUAGGUUCUAUAAUGUAUAUAUUUGGAGGUUGUAUAGACGAUUAUUAUUUAAAUGACUUGGUCGCAUUUGACACAAAAUAUCUUGAUAAUAACGAAGCUCAUUGGGAAUUUAUUGAUCCAGCAAAUGAACCUCCACCUGGAAGGACAGGGCACAUCUCUUGUGCAUAUAAAGGAAAAAUUUACAUAUUUGGUGGAACAGAUGGUGAAAAAUGUUAUAAUGACACUUGGUGUUACGAUAUAAAUACAAGGGAAUGGACAGAGAUAACUUGUAACAAUGUUAUUCCCGUUCCACGUGAAAGUCAUGGGUCAGCUUUAGUUAACGAUGUUUUAUUUAUUUUCGGUGGAAGAACAAAAGAAGGAAAAGAAUUGUCUGAUUUAGCAGCUUAUGGAAUUAAUAAAAGGAGGUGGUAUAUGUUUCAAAGAAUGGGUCCUUCACCCACUCCUAGAUAUUGGUUAACCUUAUCUUCUUCAAACCACAAGGUGAUGAUAUUUGGAGGAGAUUCCGCGAACCCGUCUAAGCCAGAUAAAGAAGGACUUAUUCACGUUUUGGAUACUUCAAAGAUAAAGUAUCCAAUCGGAUCAUACCCUCAAAAUUCUUCACAAUCUCAAUCAGCUCCUUCCCGGUUACAAAUAGUUUUAUCUUCAUUUCCUCAAAAGAAAUCACUUCCAAAGUUACGAUCGCAAUCAUCAAAAAAAGGAAAAGAAAUUGUUAACGAAAUUAAUAAUAAUAAAAAAAUCGAAUUAAAAGCAAGAAAUCCUGAUAUAAAGUCUUCGUCAAGACCAUCAUCGUCAUCAUCUUUUCGUAAUAUUAAUGUUGCAACAACAUCAACACGUGAACAUUUAACGAGAACUGGUGGAAUUAAACGUCAAUUAAAAAAUCCUUUAGAGAAGAGAAAACAAUCACAACGAACUAAAUAUUUUGAAAACAAUAAAAUUAACGAAUCACCUAAGGGUGGGUUGAAAAGACAAAAUAGUGAUCGUUCCUCCAUAAAUCCAAGUCCUAAACCAAAAGGUGCAAGAAUGUUAAGAGAGGAGAAAAAUCAAAUAAAAUUAAGGAAUUUCGAAAAUCCCGAAACUUCUAGUAUCAAUUCCUCUAAAGAUUCUUCAAUCCCUAUUAAGGGCGCGUCUUCAGUUAAUUUAAAAGAAGAAAUUCCCGACGAUCCUUCACCGACAAUUCAAAUUACGUCGUCCAAAGACGUUUAUUUCCAAGAAAGUAGCAAACCACCACCAGUUCGUCCACCAAGGCGUCGUUUAUUUUCAGAUCCGUCAUCGGUUAACGUAAAACAGACGAAACGUGUUACGGUAACUUACAACGAAGAAGACGAUUUGAUAAUAACAACCACCCCUUCCUCUUCAAUAGCGAGUUCAGACGGUGAUCAUUAUCCGACGACACGAUUCUCUUCGUUGGAACGGGAAAAUUUUUUAGAAAGAUUAUCGGAAGCAGAUUUUAAAAUAUCCGAAUUAAGAAAACGCGAAAAGUUAUAUCAAGCUGAAAUCGAUUUGGCGAGAAAAGGCGGGUUCAUACCAACCUUCAGCUUUAAUGAAUCUAAUAAUGAUCUGUUGGAAAAUAUGAUUGAUCUUAAUGAAUUUAUUGACAUUGGAGAACCAGGAACUGAAAAAUUUAAAGUUAUCGAAGCUAUUAUUAAAUUAAGUCACCAAUUACAAAAGGCCAAGGAAGCUAUUUCGAAUCAAGAAAGGAUCGCUUCACAAAAGGUUUUAGAUUUUGAAAGAUUAUACGAUGCGUCACUGGAAGAAACGUCAUAUUUUAAAACCAAAUUCACCGCGUUGAUAAACGAAUACGAAACCGAUAGAUUAACGAAAUCCGCGAAUGAAGUUCAAGAAAUAAAACAACAAUUAAGCGAAAAAACACAGAUAUUAGAAAAGACAACCAAGGACGUUGAAGAUGCAAAGGAUAAGGUUGAAUUUAUACGAGGAGUUUUUUCAAACAAGAUCAAUCUUGAACCAAAUGUUCAAGGAAAUAUGUCGGCCCAAAUGGAAAAAUUAAAUGAGAAAUUAAUUGACGUGGAAAGUCAUAAUGAAAAAUUAGAAAAUAGGCUCAGAGAAUUACAAGACACGAUGAAUUCUCAUUCCAACGUUAGAAAUUCCAUAUUACAAGAAUACGCAGAUCAACAAUUAGAAGAACAAAGGAAGGAUUUUGAAAGGGAGAGAGAAUCACUUUAUCAACAAAUUCAGGAUUUACAAUCCAAGAUUAACCUUGCAAAAGAAGAGAAGAAUCUAAUGUAUCAAGGUUAUGAAGCUUUAAGGAGAGUUUAUGAAUCUUUGAGGAGACAGAAUGAUUCAUUAAAAAAAUCAAACGAAGCAUUGAAGGAACAGUCUUUGGAAUCCGAAAAGAAAGGUAGACAAUUAAUAAGUGAAUUGCUUAAGAGGGGAACCGAACUGAAACGAGUAGAAGAGAAUUUGAAGCCACCCUUGGAAGAAAUUCAAGAGGAGAUGGAGCAACAUAGAUGGGAACAAGAAAAGGAAUCGUUGAAACGAGAAAUUUCACAAUAUCAGCAAACAAAAGUAGGCCUUGAGAAAAAUAAUACCGAAUUAAAACGAAAUGUAGAUGAAACGGAAGGUAAGAUUGCAAUAUUGUUGGAUCAAAUGGAGAAUGUUGUUGAUUCGUAUAGAGGAAUUGAAGAUAACAUCAGAGAGGGUGGUAGUCCCGCUUUGAUCGGACCUACGUUACGGAAUCAAAUCAGUUCAAGCUCACUUAAAAAAAGUUUUAGUUCUUCAAACUCAGAUGCUGGUUCGUCAUCACAUAGCUUAGUUUAA